AUGCGGCGGGCGAGGUUGCCACCGGUUGUGGCGGGCCGCUCGUUCCACUCGCAACACCGGACGCCCAUCAUACCGCAACUGCCGUUGCGGGAGGAUGUGGCAGCGACAACCACUACCCGCGUGCUCGUCGCUUAUCUCCUGCACCGCCAACCGGUGGUGAAACACACACCGCACCCACUCGAGAUGGAAAUGGGAUAUCUUCUCGAGCGUGAGCACCAGCGGUACUCUCGACACGAAUCUUCAGAGUCCGCGACUCAUUUCAUGGCCCAACGUGGACUCUCCAUUGACGUGAUGAACCGAACCGAUCCGCGCCAGAUCCAAAGUAACUUCUUUGGUCUCGAGCUCUACCAGGAUGCCAUGCGCGUGGUGCUGCAGCGCUACAAACCUGAGAAACGUGUGACGGGACAAGACCUAUGGGAUCCCAAGCAGAUUGAUGCCGCAGGUCCGCCUACACGCCACUCGAUUCAUCGUAAGUUGGAUGACUAUUUGUACCUUAUUGUGCAGGAUGCGGUAAGUGGUAAAUGGACGCUGCCAAAAUCCACAGUGGGGUCACGGGAGACGCUGCGUAUGGCAGUGGAUAGGGCAAUUUCCAAGCACAACAACGACGCGCUAGAUUGCUAUAUCUGGUCCAACGCACCACAAGCAACCGUACUGAACACAGCCGAAAACACUCGACUCUUCAUCUACGCAGCGACAUAUUUAAUGGGACGCCCAAAGUUCACCGACUUUGAGCCGAAACUGAAGGACCACGCCUGGGUCUCACGACAUGAGAUGGCCCAUUACCGGGAUCAUUUUGAAAGCAAUGACCUCCUCGAGGCCAUGUUAGACAUCUCUGCUGACAGUGCGUUUGAAACAUGA